CUUUCUUCUUCUUCUUGAAUGCAACUGUUUUCAUCUUCUUCUCUAACUGUAUAACAAACUUCUGGUGCAUAACAACAAGCUCUUUCUCUCAUUCAUGGUGAGUUCUGGUGCAUAACAACAAGCUCUCUCUCUCUCUCAUUCAUGAUGAGUUUAUGCACUGUUAAUAUGGUAUCAGAGCUAUCUCAGCUCUGGUAGCCAUUGUUCUCCUUCUUCCUUUUCUUCUUGUUUCUUUAACUCUGCAACAAUGACUGCUCAGAGUUUUACGAAUUUCGCUACCAACUCUGCUAACCCUUACUACCUGCAUCCGAACGAGAAUCCGGCUCUUGUUCUUGUUUCUUCACCGCUCGAUGACAAAAAAUACCACACCUGGUCGCGCUCAAUGCAAAUUGCGUUGAUCUCCAAAAAUAAGGACAAAUUCAUCGACGACACUCUUCCAAAACCCUCUGUCUCAGACGUUCUCUAUGAGCCGUGGAUCCGUUGCAACACAAUGGUUAUUGCGUGGAUACAAUGUUCAAUCUCUGCACCAAUUGCGCACUCAGUUCUAUGGAUUGACACAGCUGCAAGCGUUUGGAAGAAUCUGUAAAUUUGAUUUUCUCACAGUGACAUUUUCCGCAUAUCUGACAUUCAAGAAGACCUCUACAUGUUCCGCCAAGGUACCUUAGACGUAUCCAACUAUUUUACUCAUUUGAAAGUUCUAUGGGAUGAAUUGGAAACUUAUCGUCCAAUUCCAUCUUGUUCCUGUGCAAUUCCCUGUUCUUGUGGCGCUUCAGAAUCGAUUCGUCGAUAUAGGGAUCAAGACUAUGUUAUUCGAUUUCUUAAGGGUUUGAAUGAGAAGUUUACUCAUUCCAAGAGCCAAAUCAUGAUGAUGAAUCCAUUACCUGACAUUGAUAAAACCUUUUCUUUGGUAAUUCAGCAAGAAAGAGAAAUGAAUCAUGCUAACCCUGUAGUUAUUCCAAGUAUUGGCAAUAAUGAAGAGAGCAUAGCCUUGAGUGUAUCUCAUGAUGUUCAGCCAAACAAAUUCAAUUCCUACAGAGGAAAAUAUCAGGGUACAACUGGUUCAAGAGGCCAAAAUCGUGUCUGUACUCAUUGUGGAAGAAAUAACCACACCAUUGAUACUUGUUUCAUCAAGCAUGGGUAUCCACCAGGAUUCAAACACAAAUCCAAAGGUAAUGGCUUCAGUUCUCAGCAAUCUGCAACAACUAAUACUGCAUCAGAGAUAACUGCAUCAGGUUCAAGUUCCAAUAACUCCUCUUAUGGCUUGACUCAAGAGCAAUACAACAACAUUUUGGCACUGCUUCAACAUUCACAACCUGUUUCCACAGCCAAUUCAGUGUCUACAUCUCCUCUUGUGCUAAAUUCCUUGUCAUCCAAUGCCAAUGAAUCCUUCCAUGGAAAUGAUUGGUAUAGCUGAUCUGCAAAAUGGUUUAUAUGUCCUUCAUUCCAAUCUAUCUCCUCCUUCCUGUAAUUCUGUAUCUACUGAUGGUGAUAUAUGGCAUAUGAGGCUAGGCCAUCCAUCUCAUAAAGGUUUACAAACCAUAGCUAAUAUUUUCCCUUUUGUUUCUUGUAAUGACAAUGUUUCCCCUUGUGAUUCUUGUCACUUUGCCAAACAAAGAAAACUCCCAUUUCCUGAUAGUAUUACUUGCACAAAUGAGGCUUUUAACAUUCUUCAUGCUGAUUUAUGGGGCCCCUUUUCUACUGUCUCUAUGUUAGGCCACAAGUACUUUCUCACUCUAGUUGAUGACCACUCUAGGUUCACAUGGGUGAUUUUCCUUAAAACCAAAGCUGAAACUAGAGAUAGCUUUAUAAACUUUGUAGCAUGUGUUGAGAAACAAUUUAAUAAACAUGUAAAAUGCUUGAGA